UGCAUCCUAAUCAUCUGACAAUCAUAAUAGAAUAGCAGAUUUUUUAAUUCCUUUGCCGGCUUCUUCAAUGGAUUAUCUAUAAUCUAUCCAUUUAUCCCGAUGAGAUGAGAUUAGAUGAUGAGUUGCUUAAAUCCUCCGAUCCCUCACUGUUUUCACUAAUUUUAGUAUACUAGAAUGGCAACCUUCUCGUUUACUCUAUCCAACCAUCUCAACGGCCCGGAAAAACAGUCCACCUUCAUCUCCGACGAGGACCUCCGCUCCGAAUUCUCCCACCACGACUCCGCCGUCGCCCGCAUCAAUAACGGCAGCUUCGGCUCCUGUCCGGCAUCUAUUCUCGCCGAACAGGAACGCUGGCGCCUCCGUUUCCUUGAACAGCCCGAUAAUUUCUGCCUCAACGUCCUCAAACCCUCCAUUUUGGAGUCCCGUUCCCUGAUCAAAACCCUAGUCAACGCCGACGACGUCUCCGAGAUCUCCAUCGUCGACAAUGCCACCACCGCCGUGGCCAUAGUCCUCCAGCACGUCACCUGGUCCUUCUUCUCCUCCCGCUUCAGCCGCGGAGACGCCGCCGUGAUUCUCCACUACGCCUACGGUGCCGUCAAGAAGUCCGUCGAGGCCUACGUCGCCCGCGCCGGAGGGAAGGUAAUCGAGGUCCCCUUACCCUUCCCUGUGAAAUCGAACGAUGAAAUUAUUUCUCUGUUCAGUGAAUCCCUAGAAAAGGGGAAAAUGAAUGGCGGCAAAAUUAGAUUAGCCGUGAUUGAUCAUAUUACUUCAAUGCCUAGUGUAGUUAUCCCUGUUAAACAAUUGGUUCAGAUGUGUAGAGACGAAGGCGUAGACAUGAUUCUUGUGGAUGGGGCUCAUGCCAUAGGCAAUGUAGAAGUAGAUAUGAAGGAUAUAGGGGCAGAUUUUUACACCAGCAAUUUGCAUAAAUGGUUCUUCUGCCCCCCUUCUGUAGCUUUUUUGUACUGCAAGAACUCUGAUAGAUUAUCCGAUUUACACCACCCCGUGGUUUCCCUCGAGUAUGGAAACGGUUUGCCUAUCGAGAGUACUUGGAUAGGGACUCGGGAUUACAGUGCCCAAUUGGUGGUUCCUCAGGUAAUGGCAUUGCUAAGUAAGGUCGAGGGUGGGAUAGAAGGGAUUAGGAGGAGAAACCACGAGAAGGUUGUUGAGAUGGCGGAGAUGUUGGCGAAUUCGUGGGGAACGAAUUUGGGUGCUCCCCCUGAGAUGUGCUCGAGUAUGGCCAUGGUGGGAAUGCCGGCCUGCUUGGGGAUUUCCAGUGAUUCAGAUGCCUUGAGGUUAAGAAGCCACUUGAGAGAUUGUUUUCGUGUUGAGGUGCCUAUAUAUUAUAGGCCACCAUUGGAAGGUGAUGGGGAUGUUAAUCCUAUAACAGGGUAUGCCAGGAUAUCUCAUCAAGUGUAUAAUAAAGUUGAAGACUACUAUCACUUCAGAGAUGUUGUUAACAAGCUGGUAAAUGAUGGUUUCUCCUGCUCCCUUCUCCCCAACUAACAUGUAUGUUCUCCCUAGCUUUAAUUUGGCAUAGAAUAAACAGAUUUUACUUCUUUCAGUUCAUUGUUAACAUUGCUAGGAUAGUUGUUCCUUCUGUCCAAAAUGUUGCUAUCUGUGUUGUGAACUGAAGCCUAGUAAUUUACUUGUCAAUUAUGGAUUAUGGAGUCAUCAGAUUGUCAUUAUUUC